AUGUCGCUCCAAAUGGGCUUCGUGAAGAAGCUGGAGAUCCGCAAGGAGAAGGUGAAGUGCGUGGAUCUCCACCCUUCGGAGCCCUGGGUCGUUUCCGGCCUGUACAGCGGCACCUGCACGAUCUACAACUUCCAGAAGCAGACGCUGGUGAAGCGAGUGGAGGUGUGCAACUCCCCUGUACGAUGCUGCAAGUUCAUCGCGCGGAAGCAAUGGCUGAUCGCCGCCGGCGACGAGAUGUGUAUCUGGGUGUACAACUACAACUCCCUGGAGAAGGUGGCCGCCGUGGAGGGCCACACUGACUACGUGCGCUACCUGGACGUCCACCCUACGCUGCCGUACGUGCUGAGCUGCUCGGACGACAUGACGGUUUCGCUGUGGGACUUCGAGCGCGGCUGGGAGCGGCUGUGCGUGUACGAGGGCCACCAGCACUACGUGAUGAUGGCGCGCUGGAGCCCGAAGGACGUGUACACGUUCGCGUCGUGCUCGCUGGACCACACCAUCAAGUUUUGGGGCGUCUCUCCGGACGUGAUGGACCGCCGCCACAGCAACCAGCCGUCGCCGAAGCCGUCGUUCACGCUGAAGGGCCACACCCGCGGCGUGAACUGCAUCGAGUUUUCGACGAUAAUGUCGAACCCUUACAUCAUAUCGGGUGGCGAGGACACCACCAUUCGCGUCUGGGACUACCAGACGAAGCUGUGUCUGCAGGUGCUGAACCACCACACGCAGCCCGUGACCUGUGUGCUGCACCACCCGCGUCUGCCGCUGAUCGUGACCGCCGGCGAGGACGGCGACCUGAACCUGUGGCACAGCAGCCUGUACAAGAUAAAGCGCAGCAUGAACUUCUCCAUGGGCAAGAUAUGGAGCGUCACGAGCGACAACAGCAACCUGGCCGUGGGCAGCGACGAGGGCACCUUGGUGGUGCAGUUCGGCGGCGAGCGCCCGCUGGUGUCCAUGCACGCGAACAAGCUCGUGAUGGUGCACUCGUUCGACAUCGUGAGCUGCAACCUGAGUUCCGCCACCGUGGUGGACGAGGACAGCGCGGGCAAGCCGCUGGCGCUCGACUUCCGGAACAUCGGCCGCUGCGAGUUCUUCCCGCAGUCCGUAUCGCACCACCCCAACGGCCGUUUCAUCUGCCUGUGCGGCGACUCGGAGUACGUAAUCUACACGGCGCAGGGCAUGCGGUCGAAGACGUUCGGCAAGGCCAUGCACGUGGUGUGGUCGUUUGAGGGCCACUACGCAACGUGGGACGGCAACACGAUCACCGUGCACUACGAGUUCGCCCCGACCCACACCAUCCAGCCCAAUGUGAGUGUGCUCGGUCUCCACGGCGGGCGCCUGCUCGGCGUGACCUCCAACAGCAGCGUCCGCUUCUACGACUGGAAGACCGGGUACCUGGUCCGCACCAUCGACGCGCACGUGUCCGACGUCUGGUGGAACGUGAGCGGCACCAAGGUCGCCGUGGGGUGCAUGGCUAACUGCUACAUCCUCAAGUACGACAGCGACGCGCUCGCAGCCGCCAUCGAGAGCAACGAGUACGACGCCGCCAACGGCGUCGCGGCCGCCUUCGAGAUUGAAGGCGAGAUCAUGGAGCGCGUGAACAGCGCGACCUGGGCCAUGGACACGUUCGUGUACAUCACCGCCGGGCUGCACCUGAACCUCUGGACCGCGGGCGCCAGCGAAAUCUUCCACUACCUCGACCGGCCUCUGCACAUGGUGGGCUACUCUGCGCAGAACGGGUGCCUGUACCUGUGCCAGCAGGACGUCGUCGCCAUCCCGCUUCCGGUGGACUACCUGAGCUUACACUCCCUCGUCGCGUCCAAAGCCGAGGCGAUGGCCCAGGGCAGGGCGUUCGCGGACUUGGACAGGCUGGAUGCGCUCAUUGGGGGCUUCGAGGGCAGCAUGAAGGAACGCGCGAGCAAGUUCCUGGAGUCGGUGGGCGACUUCGAGUUGGCGCUGCGCACCUCGGGGGAGGAGGAGCACCACUUCGAGCUGUACCUGAAACUGGGCAAACUGGACGACUGCAUCCGCAUCCUCCACGAGCUGCAGGCUAAGCAGGUGGAGAAGUCGCGCGAGGACACCAUGCGCGCCAAGUGGAAGCGCCUCAGCACCUACUGCCUCGAGCAGAACGACUACGAGAAGGCCGUUGACUGCCUGGUGCGCUGCUGCGAGUACUCGUCGGCGAUGCUGAUCUACGUGGCCAUGGGCGACCGUGACGGCCUUGCGAAGAUCGCAGAGCUGGCAACGAAGGACGGCGAGUCCAACGUGGCGUUCACCUGCCACUACAUGUUGAACAACGUGUCGCAGUGCAUCGAGCUUCUGCAGCGGUCCAACCGCCACAGCGAGGCCACCCUAAUGGCCCGCACGUACAAGCCGUCUGCGCUGUCCGAUUGCUUCGCGAAGUGGAAGAGCUCACACAACCCGAAGUUCCCCACCCUCGGCGAGCCGGAGGAGGACCCCGCCGCUUUGGAGAUCGAGUCGCUGCUGGCCGAGCGCCUGCGCAUCGGCUUCCCCGCCGCCAGCGAGUACCCCAAGCUGAAGGAGGCCGUGCACGUCGACUUCGGCCGCGGGGACGACAGCGUGGACAAAGGCGCGCUGAGCUCCAGCUGGGAAGCUGGCAUCUAA